AUGAAGUUGACAGAAGCCCAGAAGCAAAACCUCAAAGAGCAUGUAUAUCGCAGCCAAGGGUGCUCCAUCUUGGAAAAGAUAUUUCUCAACCGUUUCUGGACCUGGCUGGUCAACAUGUUUCCUAUCUGGCUUGCUCCCAACCUCAUCACUUUCCUAGGCUUCAUUGUGGCUGUUUCAUCAGCCCUCAGUAUCAUACUGCAGGACACAAACUGCAAAGGAGAGGCUCCUGGUUGGGCGAUGCUAUUCUGUGCCAUAGGGUUAUUUGUCUACCAGACAAUGGACGGCUGUGAUGGAAAGCAGGCUCGUCGGACCAAUACCUGCAACCCUCUAGGAGAGCUCUUUGACCAUGGUUGUGAUGCCAUAAUAACCGUCCUCUAUGCCAUAGCUGCGGCAUGCACGGCUGGACUGGUGGAAUACCCAUAUCUCCUGCUAACAUUGGUGUUCACAUUAACUCUAUGCUGCUAUGUCUACCACUGGCAGGUCUAUGUGUGCGGAAUAUUUUACUUUAGAACUAUUGACGUUGCUGAGGCCCACUAUGCUCAAAUCAUAGCACUCUUGUUGACCUUCUUCAUUGGACCAGAUGUCUGGCAUAAUCAGACACUUGCUUUCCUUGGUAUUCCAUUUCCUCUCAAAGCGAUGUUUGCGUUAGGAACUACGGUAUUUGCUGGCAUGAACCUUCUCUCUGCCACGUACGGCAUCCUCACACAAGGAGUGGGCAAGAAUGGAUCGACUGUGGCUGGAACGAGUGUGGUGUCUCCGAUCAUCACUCUUCUACUGAUUGUGGGCGUGGCAAUGGGAUACGCCCUCCUCUCACCCAGUCGCAUGUUGGAGACGAACAGUGUCCUGUUCAUGGCAGCAAUGGUGACUCCACUCUGCAAGUCUGCUAUCAACAUGAUGCUGGCUGGAAUGGUGAAGAGCCCCUUUCCACUGGUGGACCCCAUCAUGAUAGGACCAAUGAUUGCCCUGGCCAACGUCUACUGCGGGGCCAUGUUCCCAGAGCUCUACAUACUCAUCUGCAUAAUGGUGUACAACUUGUACGAUGUGCUCUCACUGUGUGUGACCCUUUGCCGAGAGUUUUCAGACACUCUAAACGUUUCCUGUUUCACCAUACCGUACAAGAAAGACAAAGCUAAUUAGGAACUACUUUUUUAUUAUAAUUAUUUUGUACCCUCCUCUCACUCAACGUACUGUAUAUUUAUACCUUGUGUGAUUCAUAGGCAACAUUUAUUUAUUCAAUUAAAUGUAUGUAAUAAUGUCUGAGAUUCUAAUUAUGAGAAAUUUUUUUUCAAAA